AAUUUUUAUAUUUAAAGUUAUAGAGUAUGCUCUUAAUAAAAAAAAGGUAUAUGACUUCAUUCAGAUAAUUUUUCAUGGAUUUAGAAAAGAUCCAUCUUCUACUGCCCCUGUGUUUCUAUUAUUGUUUCUUAAAAUCCAUAAAAUCUAACUUUCAGCGCCCUACGAUAUUAUUGGAAUCACUGUCGCAGAUUUAUCCAAAAUAAAAAGAAGAAAAAAUCAAUCCCAUCAAAAUGAAUAUGCAUCACAAAAUGAUGCUGGCCUCAUUUCAGACACUAAUUAACGUGGUUGAUUUUCAAGAUAUCCGACGUUCAAAUUUAAUAAAAUUAAAAACGAUUUUGGUAUGGGUGAUUCAUUUGAGACACAAAUAAUUUGUUGGCCAUAUUUAAUAACUUGACAACGAGAAACAUAUUUUUUGAAUGAUUUUAUAGACAUAAAUAUAUAUAAAAUACAGACUCAUUACACCUUUAACAGCAACACUAUGGGCAUGGUUCAGAAGUAUAUAUAAUAGUGGUAGAGAUUUCUUAGUUUCUACUUGCACUGUGGGUAGAACUAUGUGGAAGCUCAGGAUUGCGGCUGAGGCUGGAGAUGGCCCUCACUUGUUCAGCACCAACAACUACGUAGGCAGGCAGAUUUGGGAGUUUGAUGCAAACUCAGGCUCUCCAGAAGAACGUGAAGAGGUCGAUAGAGCUCGUCAGAACUUUUCCCUAAACCGUUCUUGUUUCAAGGCUAGUGCUGAUCUCCUCUGGCGCAUGCAGUUUCUGAGAGAGAAGAAGUUUAAACAGAAAAUUCCUCAAGUAAGAAUAGAAAAUGCAGAGGAAAUAACCUAUGAAGACGCAAGGGCAGCACUGAGGAGAGGGGUACUUUAUUUUGCGGCCUUACAGGCUGAUGAUGGACAUUGGCCUGCUGAAAAUUCUGGUUCUAUGUUCUUCAACGCCCCCUUUUUCAUAUCCUUGUACAUCACUGGCCAUCUCGAGAAAAUUUUCACUCCUGAGCAUCGCAAAGAAUUCAUGCGUUACCUGUAUAACCAUCAGAACGAUGAUGGUGGAUGGGGAAUACAUGUGGAGGGCCACAGUGUUAUGUUCUGUACAGUCCUCAACUACAUCUGUCUUAGAAUUUUUGGGAUGGAUCAAGAAAGUGUUUGUGCAAGAGCACGUAAGUGGAUCAUCGACCAUGGUGGUGCCGCGUAUACGCCCUUGUUUGGAAAGAUUUGGCUUUCGGUUCUUGGAGUGUAUGAUUGGUCUGGUUGCAAGCCCAUGCCACCUGAGUUCUGGAUGCUUCCUUUGUCGUCUCCUUUUAACGGAGGCACUGUUUGGAUUUAUUUACGAGACAUUUUCAUGGCUGUGUCAUACUUGUAUGGAAAAAAAUUUGUCGCUACUCCAACACCUCUAAUAGCACAGCUCCGGGAAGAGCUUUAUCCUCAGCCAUACAGCAAAAUCAAAUGGAGUCAAGCGCGCAAUCUAUGUGCAAAGGAAGAUCUAUACUAUCCACAGUCUUUUUUGCAAGAUAUGUUUUGGAAAAGUGUUCAUGUGUUCUCAGAGAACCUCUUAAACCAAUGGCCUCUCAACAAGCUCCUAAGACAAAAAGCUCUCCGAAAGACAAUGGAAAUAAUUCACUAUCACGAUGAAUCCACUCGAUAUAUUACCGGUGGAUGUGUACAAAAGCCGUUUCAUAUGCUUGCUUGUUGGGUAGACGACCCAGACGGUGAUUAUUUUAAGAAACAUCUUGCUCGAGUCUCAGAUUUCAUAUGGAUAGGCGAAGAUGGUCUGAAAAUCCAGUCUUUUGGUAGCCAGUUAUGGGAUACGGCCUUAUCGCUGGAGGUCUUGUUAGCUGCUGAUAUGGAUGAUGAGAUUAGCUCAACGUUGAUCAAAGGAUACGACUUCUUGAAGAAAUCUCAACUGACAGAGAACCCUCCCGGUGAUCAUAGGAAAAUGUUUCGAGAGAUAACGAAAGGCGCGUGGACCUUUUCAGACCGAGAUCAAGGAUGGGCUGUUUCUGAUUGCACUGCUGAGAGUCUAGAGUGCUGCCUAAUCUUUGAGAGCAUGCCAAUGUUGGGUGAGAAAAUGGAUGCAGAGAAGCUGUACGAUGCCGUUAAUUUGCUUCUAUACUUUCAGAGCAAUGGAGGUUUAGCUGUGUGGGAGCCUGCUCGUGGGAAUACCUGGCUUGAGUGGCUGAGUCCCGUGGAGUUUGCCGAAGACACAGUCGUCGAGCUAGAGUAUCUUGAAUGUACAGGGUCUGCAAUAGUAGCGCUGGUUCGGUUCUUGGAAAUGUUUCCAGGCCACAGAAAAGAAGAAGUCGAGAGUUUUAUAAGAAAGGGAAUCAAAUACAUUGAGAGUUUCCAAAUGCCAGACGGUUCAUGGUAUGGAAAUUGGGGCGUGUGCUUCAUCUUUGGAACCUUUAAUGCCGUCCGAGGUCUCGUUGCCGCAGGCAAGACUUACAGUAACUGUGAUGCUAUCGGUAGAGCAGUUCAGUUCCUACUAGAUACACAAAAUGCAGAAGGUGGAUGGGGUGAGAGUUAUCUCUCUUGCCCGAUUAAGAAAUAUACCCCUUUGGAAGGAAACAAGACGAAUGUUGUGAAUACAGCACAAGCAAUGAUGGGUCUAAUUAUGGGUGGUCAGAUGGAGAGGGACCCAAGCCCGGUUCAUCGCGCUGCUAAGGUGUUGAUUAAUUCACAGCUGGAGAACGGUGAUUUCCCACAACAGGAAAUAAUGGGAGUGUUCAAGAUGAAUUUGUUGCUACAUUAUCCAACCUAUAGGAACAUUUUCACUCUCUGGGCACUCACCUAUUAUACCAAGGCCCUUCGUCUGCGUAUGUAAUUACUUUUGUCACGCUUGAAUCUCAUCAUCACCACGUACUCUUUUGCAAUGUAUACAAAAGUCUUUGCUUCUAUCACAAGAAACAAGAUGAAAGAUCCACAUAGAUUCCUCAUCUCAUUCUCGUUUGUCAUCAUCAUCCGCUCCUUCCAUGCCUCAAGGCCAUAAUUUCGGUUAUCUUGGUUCUGGUUACGCCUACCACCAAUUACCAAACUAGUUUUCGUUUAACCCGUAAUACUGCAUUUGGUUCUUUUUCAACUAAAUAUGUGAAUAAAUAAGUUGCAUUUCGGUUUGUAAUAUUCAGGUUUCUAAAACUGGGUCUACUAAAGGCUCUUGUGAACUUUAUUUUACACCUCUAAAUUUGAAAAUCAUUUAACCAAAAUAGUUUUUGGAUAAUUCUCAAAAAUACAGCUAGAAGAAGUUUAUGUUCCAAAUGUAACAUCACAGGUAUUAUUUUUCCAAAAACCACCAUUAGAAUAAUGUUUUUUCAAAAAUACCAUAAAACUGAACCCAAACUAAUUUAAACCAUAAAAACUAAACGCUAAACCAAAAAAUUAAACCCUAAAGCUCUAAAUUAAACUUAAAGUGCAAAAUACUAAACAAUUUUAAUGUGAAUGUAAUAGACACCCUGGUUUUUUUUAAGGUUGGUUAAUUAUGCUAUUAAACCAAUGAAAAACAUUAAAUAGACGGUUUUACAGCCAAUAAGUUUACAUGCUUUAUAAAGAUUACGUCUGAUUGAACCAAGCUUGAACGUAUGAGAUUUAUGUCUAACAGUACUUCUUGAAUCAUGUUGAAGAUCUCAUGUAAACUUUUUUUUAAAUAUUAUGCCUAAUUUUUCUUCUUUAGGAUUUGAAACUCAUAUUUUCUGAUACAAAACUAUUAAUGAAUUCUUAGUCAAACCCAUUGAUUAAGGGAUUUCG